GUGACACCAAGCGGCACGACGUUUAACCUAUAGUUUUGGAAACUAUAAGAAGUCAUAGUGGAUGCCCUUCACUGAGGACACCUGGGUUCAAUCAUAAAAAAGAACCGUCAAAGGACCAAUAGAUAAACCAUGUCAGCCUUGACAAAAUUUUAUCUCCCGGAAAAUGAACAGUUCCGUCAAAAUACCAACAUGGCUAUGGACACGCUGCGGUCCGGGAAGAUCUCCCCGAUGCUGACCACAAUGAACAACGGAUACAACGGUCACAAAAGAAGUCAGGCUUUCAAACCGGUGAAACGCGAGAGUACGCCCAUUAAAAACGGGCCAACGACUCCGGUGAAUAAAUCCGAUUCAACCUCGAAGACCAGCUUGAAACAGCGGCGUAGUCGCGCUCGGUACAUAUCCGUUCCCACUUCCCCACCUGCACAAGCGAAACAUAGCAUUCAGUCUCUGAACGUCGGAAAGUACAGCAUAAUUCGAACGCUGGGACGCGGAAAUUUUGCACAAGUGAAGCUUGCCGUUCACCUGACAACAGGAAGAGAGGUAGCCAUCAAAAUGAUCGAUAAAGCCACACUAAACGAAAGUUGCCGGGUAAAGCUUGCACGAGAAGUGCGUGUCAUGAAAACACUCAGUCACCCCAACAUUGUAAAGUUAUACGAAGUCAUCGAAACGACCAGGCACGUUUACCUAGUGAUGGAAUACGCCAAAAACGGCGAAGUUUUUGAUCAUCUCCUUCGAAUCGGACGAAUGCCCGAGAAAGAAGCUCAGAAGUUAUUCCGCCAACUUUUCUCCGCGGUCGAAUAUUGUCAUCAGAAAAAUAUAGUCCACCGUGAUCUGAAGGCGGAGAAUCUUCUUUUUGACGAGAAUAACAAUCUCAAGCUGGCUGAUUUCGGCUUUGCCAACGUAUUCAACACGGAAUGUCAUCUGGACACGUUUUGUGGCAGUCCUCCAUACGCCGCACCCGAACUGCUGUCCGGACAAAAGUAUCACGGACCUGAGGUGGACGUCUGGGCUUUGGGUGUCAUUCUGUACAUGCUAGUUUGUGGACGUUUGCCUUUUGAGGCCUACACUUUGAAGGAGCUCCACUCAAGAGUGCUGAGUGGCAAGUACCGAAUUCCGUUCUACAUGACAGAGAACUGUGAAGCGAUGCUGAGGAAGAUGUUGAUCAUCAAUCCGAAAAAGCGAGCCACCCUUCGGGAACUAUUGCAAGAACCCUGGAUAAAUACGGGACACGAAAAUGAUAUACUUCAACCUUACAAGGAGCCAUCACUGGACUACAACGAUCCCGUUCGUCGAGCAAUCAUGAACGAACUUGGAUUCAACCCGGAAGAUCUCACAGACGCAUUCGAAAACCGACGAUUCAACAAUGUGACCGCCACAUAUCUCUUGUUGGAAGACAAGGAGACCAGGCAUAGACUGACGAAUCGCCUGUGGAACAAAUGUGACAAGCAGAACCGGACUGGUAGAACGUCUUCGGAUCCAGACGGGUCUCCAGACGGACAGUCUGCAUCGAGUGACGAGGAAGAUAUGGCCAAAGCCAAUGUGGACGGCCAUGAGCGAUCAAGUUCGGCGGUUGUUCGGAGUGAACAAGAAGAGUAUACACUCCAUCCUUUGGCUCGCAGUGCGUGGGCAACCGGAAGUCUACGAAAUCAAGAUCCAGUCAAGAAGGUGAAGAGCUUCAUGCGACAACCGAAGAGAAUUUUCGAACCCGCUCUGAAUCUACCCAAGUUGAUAGCGAAUUCUGACCAGAAUGGAGUCCCAGAUCCAAAGACGGAAACGUUGACAAUCGACUCGUUGAUUGAACGUGUGCCAAACUCACGCGGGACCGAUUGCAAUUUAACUAAAAACUUGGAUGAAGACAAACAACCCCCUACGCCAGUGAAGUCAAACGGACUCCGGAGAAUUUUCACCAGCUCUCUGGAACCGGACGACUGUACGCGCAACGAGUCCGCAGCGGUAAUUCAGAAGAAACAAGCCCCAUCAGUGAUGACCAGCAGGAUAAAGACUGAACCCCUGCCGAGAAGGACGCCUGAGCCGGGGGAAUCACGGCCUACCACGCGGACACACAGGAGCCGGAGCAUCGUUAUCGUUUCGGAUGCUCGAAAUGGUUCGGAGCAUGAUAGACUGAACCAUUCGAAGAAACCGAUUCGGGUCAUUUCACUGAUCUAUCCGAACGAUAAGGAACCAGAAAAGCUACUAAGUCGUUCCGAAGGCGAACGGUUCUGCACAACGGAAGACGCCGAAAAUGUUCGCAAGCUGUCGAAUCCUGUGAUGACCUACACCAGCGUGCUGCACAGAGAUCUAUCAAACGGAAUACACCGCCCGGAGAUGUCGAACAAUAUCAGAGAUGAUCAGCGGAAAGCGAAUCAACAGCCGACCACCACCAACACCAUCCUGGUUACAGAGCGACACGAACCACCACCCGAGCCUGUGACCAGUGUAAGCAAUGGUUCAGAGAAAACGGUAACCGCUUCGGUAAAACCAAGACUUCUUUCUCCCCCCGUUGUCGUUUCCCUGAGUCCAUCUUCGGGUAACUCGACUGAACGUUCACAAGAAUUCGUGACGAAUGUAAGCCUGAAGAUGAACGUAUCGGAUCCAUGGGCUGACGUGAACAAAAGAGAUCGAUGGGCAAGGGGGAAUCGACAAAACCCAACGUGUUCACCUAUCCCCUCAGGUGGAGCUGACCAAAGUCCGGAAAAGAGAGUCGUCUCACCGGUAAAACAGAAUGGUAAUCAGUUGUGGGGAAUGCCUCGUUUCGCGGAUAAUCGAACCAAUACGAAGGCACGCAUGACAAAAAGUCCACCGGUGACACUGAAGCGAACCGUGUUGAAUGGAGAGCGUUCGCCAGACGUUCGGAUUGUGAGAAAAGGUACCCGAAUUUGUGCGUCGACACCCACGUCUCCCGUCUUCCGUACAGUAGAACAACCAAGUCGUGUGUUUAGCAUUGAAACUACAGGACAGCAGAACCACGCAGCAAGGGACGGAUGGAGCAGCAUGUCGCAUCACGACGGUCCUAGUGGAAAGCACUACGGCACACAGUACACCACUAACCGAAUACGACCACAUCGCACACCAAGCGCAUAUGAAUCGACCACACACCAGCCUCUCUCGAUUAUCUAUCCAAGCGACAACGAAAACGGGUAUUCCGAACGUUGCACGCCCAUGCCCAGCGGAGAAUUACGAACCCGGACACCCUAUCGCCGUGACUCAUCCCCCAAACUCAUAUCUCGCAGAGAUUCCGGUUACAAACAAGCGCUGGAGAUGAACAGACCCCAGUCUAAUCUUAGCAAAUACUCCCCAGUGGACAAGUACUCGUAUUCCCCCUCGGUCACCUCAAAUAUGCGAAUCCCAAUCGCCCCAAAGUAUGAUCAGCCUGGUAGCAACCUAAGACCCACAAAAAUCAAUAGGGAAUCAUCCACUACCCCAUCGGGAGAGGGUCGGACUUCAACUGGGAGUGUGAAGCACUCCACCAGUUCAAACGGCGAAAAAAUCACGGUCCCACGAAAGAUAAACUGGGCUUUCGGAAUCAACGUUCAAGGCGAUAAUUCCCAAGCACUUCUGCGAUCGCUGCUCCGCAUACUGGAACAGAAGCGAAUUGACUAUGUUUAUCAGAGUCCCUACCGCCUCCAGUGUAGCUACCAACCAAGCGGUGACCUGGAUCAAACACCAUCGACAAAUUCUCAGUCUGGGGCGCCAAUCAAGUGGGAGUUGGAGAUCGUUCAGCUGAUCAGGUCAAAAAACUAUGGAGUCCGGUUUAGAUAUUUGUCCGGAGAUCUGUCUCAAUAUCGAAUAUUAGAAAAAUCCAUAUGUGGCCAAUUUCAGAGAAAUUCUGACUAAAAAAUCUCAACCCGAUACUGGUUAUGAGCAGAGGGCAGCAUCACUACUCCACUAACAGCGUCAACCCCCUUCCAUCAUGAUCCCAUUCGAUACUUCUGACCUGCCCUCCACAGACACAGAAAUACACUGCUUGGCUAUGAGGCAAGUCCUUAGGAUACAAGGCUGUUUCCAUUAUUAUUGCAUAAUGAGGUUUUUGUAAGGAGCCUGAUCCAUUCAAAAUUCUUCGUUCGCCUUAUCUCAUAUUUUCCCCCUUCAUUUACUUGCUCAGAUGUAAUCAGAUGUCUGUGGUCUAAAAACACGUCUACAUGUACGGCAUGUACAACCAGAGUUACCUGAAAAUAAUAACUUUUUCACAAAAGCUAAGUUGUGAUCUCUGAUUUCCUAGAGGUUGUGGUGUACAACCAGCUACGGACUGGGGAACGAUGUGACCGGAGUGGGCUCGCUCAGCUUCGUAAAAACGGC